AAACACUGAAAACACAAAAACAUGUAUUUGCAGGGACAGGAAGGAGUGGGCAGAUAUUGAACCUGUCCCUCAAAGUGAUGGGCCAAGUCCUGUUGUUCAGAUCAUCUACAGUGAAAAAUUUCAAGAUGUCUAUGAUUACUUCCGGGCUGUUGUACAGCGGGAUGAGAGAAGUGAAAGAGCUUUUGAGCUAACAGCAGAUGCCAUUGAGUUAAAUGCGGCAAACUACACAGUAUGGCAUUUCCGGAGAGUCCUCCUGCAGUCCUUGGGAAAGGAUCUCCAUGAGGAACUUAAGUAUAUUACAGCUAUCAUUGAAGAUCAGCCAAAGAACUACCAAGUCUGGCAUCACAGACGGGUGUUGGUGGAGUGGCUGCAGGAUCCAUCCCAAGAGCUUGAAUUCAUAGCAGACAUUCUUAACCAAGAUGCCAAAAAUUACCAUGCGUGGCAACACAGACAAUGGGUUAUUCAGGAGUUCAAAUUAUGGGACAAUGAACUGGAAUAUGUAGACCAGCUUUUGAGGGAAGAUGUGAGAAACAACUCUGUUUGGAAUCAACGACACUUCGUAAUUUUCAACACCACUGGCUAUGAUGAUCCAGCAGUCCUAGACAGAGAAGUCCAAUACACUCUUGAGAUGAUCACAGCAGUGCCACAUAACGAGAGUGCUUGGAACUAUUUAAAAGGGAUUCUACAGGAUCGUGGUCUUUCUAAAUAUCCAAACCUGUUAGAGCAAUUGUUGAAUUUACAGCCCAGCCACAGUUCACCCUAUCUGAUUGCAUUUCUUGUGGACAUAUAUGAAGAUAUGCUUGAAAACCAGUGUGACAACAAGGAGGAAACACUAAACAAGGCAUUGGAGUUUUGUGAAAUUCUGGCUAAAGAAAAAGACACCAUCCGAAAGGAAUACUGGAGAUAUAUUGGAAGGUCCCUUAAGAACAAGCACAGCUCAGGCACUGAACAGAGCACACCAACAGACAAGCAGCAGUAGCUGAACAUGGAAGAAGACAGUGUUAAGCUCUCAAGCUGUU